AUGGUUGCUGCAAGGAAACUCAUAAAAGCAGGCUGCGAGCAGCGUCCCAAGAGCGAUUAUGUAUGCCUGGAGGCAGCAAGGCCAUAUAACAAUGACGAUGCCAAAGUCAUUAUUGCCAACGCUGUUCAACAUGGCCGAAGAAACGUGUCUUGCAUUAAAGCACUAGAGAAUAUUCCCAAUUCCGUUCGGCUAUGGAAUGAAACUGUUAAACUCGAAGAAUCAAUCACAGACGCCCGCAUACUCCUCUCCCUUGCCGUGGAGGUGAUCCCUCUUUCCGUCGAGCUCUGGCUCACUCUUGCUUGUCUUGAAACACCUGAUCACGCCAAAGCCGUCCUCAACAAAGCCCGCAAGUCUGUUCCCACGUCGCACGAAAUCUGGAUUGUUGCUGGACGCCUGCUCGAGCAAGGGGCCACAGGCGACCCCGACAAGUCCACAGAAACCAGAAGCAAAGAAUUUGAGCUACACUGGGUGCUGCUCACGCGCAAGCAAUGGUUAAAGGAGGCGGAGCGGUGUGAGAGCGACAGCAGCCUGCGGACGUGCGAGGCAAUUAUCAAAGCUACAGUGAGUAUGGAGGUCGAGGUCGAGGACAGGCUGAAUACACGGGUUAGCGAUGCGGAGAGCACAGUGGCAAGGGACAUGAUCGGGACUGCGAGGGCCAUGCUUGUGUAUGCGCUCAAGGUGUUCCCGGAUCAGCGGAACCUCUGGAGAAAGGCUGCAGAUGUGGAGAAGGCGCACGGCACCAAGGAACCACUUGAUGGAGUGCUCUCUCAGGCAGUACAAUAUUGCCCCCAGGCGGAAGUCCUCUGGCUUAUGUCGGCCAAAGAGAAGUGGCUGGCUGGCAAUGUGCCGGUGGUGCACGAGGUUCUCGAAAGGGGCUUUCAUCGCCAAUCCCGAAAGCGAGCAAAUCUGGCUCGCCGCUAUCAAGCUCGAGGCUGCGAAUGGCAAACUGGGGUUGCAACGGAGCUACUCAUCUGGAUGAAAUCUGCUGUAUUCGAGCGCCAGCAAGGGCAGUACGCUGCAGCACUUGAAACCGUCUCCGCCGCCCUAUCUAAAUUUCCUGAGUCUGCCAAACUGUACACGAUUCAAGGGCAGAUCGGCCAGAUGCAAAGGAAUUACUCCAUAGCUCGUGCCUCGUACAUGGCAGGCCUUAGGGUUUGCCCGAAGGAGAUUACCUUGUGGGUGCUUGCGAGCAAGCUAGAGAUGGCACGCACAUGCGUCGAUUGUCAUGGCAUGCACCUGAGAUGCUUGAAUGUUGGGAAGAGCACGAAGGAGCUACUGGCGAUGGUUGCGGAUGCGUUCCAAUGAAAGUUUUCUCGAAGACUUUUUGUGGAGAUAGUUGUUUCUCAU